GUUGCUCGUACGAGAUGCAGUCAAAAGUUGAUAAGUGGGGAGUGUGACAUUUUUGUAACAUUGUAGAUAUAACUACAUGUAUAACUUGUACUGCAUAAAUUAACAAAAUUGAUCUAGUUAAUCUAGUUAAAUUAUUCAUCACAUUAAACAGUUGCCCCGUUUAAGGAUCUUAAACGUUUUCUAAAAGAGAUUCUUUUUCAGUUAAAACAAAAACCAAAAGAUGGCAACUUGGCAGAAUACACCUGGUGCAGAUUUUUAUGCAGGGCAACAAGGUUAUCCUCAACAAAAUCCUGCAUAUCCACAUCAAGAAGGAUUUAAUCCUGGAUAUCCACCUCCUUACGGAGCAAAUCCACCACCACCACCAGGUCCUGGUUUUAUUCCUCCAGGUGCACCUCCUUACGGACAAGUUCCACCACCUGGCUUAAUAUUUGGUACAACACCACAAGCAGGCAUGUAUGGAUCAAAUUAUGCAGAAGAUCCUAUGCAAUCUGAUGAUAUCAAAGGAUUUGAAUUCAAUGAGAAAUCCAUUAGAAAUGGAUUCAUCAGGAAAGUAUAUAGUAUAUUGAUGUGUCAACUUUUGAUCACAGUAGGAAUGAUUGCACUGUUCCUUUAUCAUGCUCCAACUAAUAAAUUUGUAAUGACGCAUCCAGAGCUAUUUUGGAUUUGUUUUGUUUCAACUAUUGUCUUGAUCAUAUGUAUGGCUUGUUGUUCCAGUGUGAGACGAAAAGCUCCUAUGAAUUUCAUAUUUUUGUUUUUAUUUACAAUAGCAGAAGGUUUUUUAUUAGCUACUGCUGCUUCUACAUUCAAAUCUGAAGAGGUACUAUUGGCUGCUGGAAUUACUUCAGUUGUUUGUCUUGGAUUAACAUUAUUCGCAUUUCAAACAAAAUUUGAUUUCACUGGUCUUAAUAGCAUACUCUUUGUUGCAUUACUAAUUUUCGUAGUGUUUGGAAUAUUUGCAAUGAUAUGGCAUGGAAAAAUUAUGACACUAGUAUAUGCAUCGAUUGGAGCUUUACUUUUUUCUAUUUAUUUGAUUUAUGAUACACAAGUGAUGAUCGGUGGUAAACAUAAGUAUUCCAUUUCUCCAGAAGAAUAUAUCUUUGCAGCACUAAACCUUUAUAUAGAUAUUAUCAAUAUUUUCCUUUAUAUUUUAACAAUUAUUGGUUCUUCGCGAAAUUAAAUACUAUAAAAUAUAUUUUCUUUGUUGCCGAAUUAAUGUUUAAUGCAAAAUGCUUUCAUUCAUCAUUGUUUUAUUUUGACUCUCUUUUAUUUGUAUAUAGAGAGUACAUUACAAAAACAAUGAGAGAUAAAAAAGUAGCAGAGAGGCAAUAAUUUCUAUGGAAUAAUAGCUUUUACACAAUUUUCAAAGUAUAAAUAACACAGAGAAAAAUUAUAUUAUUUUAAAGUUGAAUAUCUAGUCUUGUAAGACAAAUAAUUCUUAUUAAAAAAUCUAUUAAAAAAAAAUAAACCAACUGUUAUAUAAUUAAGAAUAUAAAUAAGCUUAUAUAUAAAACCUAAACACAAUUUAUAUAUUU